AUGGCUCCCCUCCCAGCUACACACCGGGCACUCGUCCUCAACGCCAUCGGCGAGCCUCUCGAAGUCCAAACCAAACCCACCCCGCAAGCCACCCCUGGCAGCGCAGUGGUCAAGAUCCUCGCAGCCAAGAUCCUCUCCUACGGUGGCGACAUCUACAAUGGCAAGCGCAACUACCCGCUCCCAACACCCUUGGUACCAGGAUCUGGAGCAAUCGGCCGCGUCGCAGCCGUGGGCUCCGACGCAACGAGUCUCGCGGCCGGCGAUCUAGUCCUCGUCGACAUCUACCUCCGGGGCCGCGACGAUCCCAGCAUAGCCGCGCUUUCGGGAGUUCAUGAGGGACACACCGAGACCAGUGCGCGGCUUAUGCGCGGAGAAUGGCGCGACUCGACGUAUGCGGAGUACGCGAAGAUGCCGCUGGAGAACUGCUACAAGCUCGACGAGAAGCGGCUGCUCGGGCCGACUACUGCAGGCGGGUUGGGGUAUACGGUUGAAGACCUGCUGGCCAUGUUGGUGCAUCCUGUUCCAUUCGGCGGGCUGCGGUGCAUCGGGAUAGAGCCUGGCGACAAGGUCAUUGUUAGUCCUGCGACGGGCCCAUUUGGGAGCUCGGCGGUGCAGGUGGCGUUGGCGAUGGGCGCUAGUGUUGUUGCGAUGGGGCGCAACAUGGACGCGCUGAGGAAGCUUCAGGCGAUCUGUGCGGAAGACCGGGUCCAGCUGGUCCAGAUUACCAACGACCAGCAGCAGGAGAUGGAGGCGCUGGCGAAGUGUGGCCCGGCCGAUGCGUUCUUCGAUAUCUCCCCGCCGGCGGCAGCAGGAUCAAGUCAUCUCCGGAGCGGGAUGUUAUCGCUCAAGCACUCGGGCCGCGUGUGUCUGAUGGGAUCUGGAAUCGGGGAUGUGGCCAUCCCGGUUGCGGCGUUGGCGUAUAAGAACCUCACGAUCAAAGGGAAGUGGAUGUAUGAGCGGGCGGAUAUCCUGAAGAUGAUCCAGAUGGUGGAGGGCGGGAUGUUGAAGCUGGGCAGUCAGGCGGGUUGGGUGACUGCUGGGAGAUAUCGGUUGGAGCAGUGGGAGGAGGCAUUUGCCUGCGCCAGCCAAUCUGCGGGACCGGGGCAGCGGGUGUUGUUCGAGUUUAGCUAG